UGGCUCAAAGAUAUCUAAUAGAACUUGGUAUGAGGUGUAUGGUUCAACUGCAUGAAGCUGACACCUACACUCCACUUAAGAAAUUUGAUUCGUGUGGGCUUCAUGAUUUAAUGCAUGAUCUCUGUUCUUCUAAAGCUGAAAAGGAAGAGUUUCUGAUGCGCAUUGAUGCUUCCAAAUAUCUGACCGACAUUCUUUUACCAACUCGAAUAGCCAUCAGUUAUGACCCCAGUAGUAACCCAAGUAUAGAUGGGUUAAAGGAAGUUAGAGGUCUUAGAUCUUUUAUUGUUCUCCAAAAACACUAUUUAUCCUUUACCAACCAUGGGCUUCAAAGAGAGUAUGGUUAACUUUAAGAUGUCGCAAUACUUGAGGAUAUUUGUGGUAGAAGGUUGUAAGUUUGAAGGGGGGAAAUUACCAAGCAAGGUGGGUGAACUAAUUCAUUUGAGAUACUUGAGUUUGAGGUAUUCUAAUGUGAGAGAACUACCAAAGUCUAUAUGCAGCCUGCCAUACUUGCAGACCUUAGAUUUGCGAGUAUCAGUUGAUAUUAAAUUGCCAAAUGUGAUAUGGAAGAUGAAAAGACUAAAGCAUCUAUUUCUCAAUACUGAAAUAGAAGUGAUUGGAGGGGAGAAACUAAAACUAGGUGGGCUACAAGAGUUGGAGACGUUAGAUGAGAUCAGCAGUGAGACAACUUGCAUUGCAGAUAUCCCUACAUUGAUUAGUCUACAGAAGAUGCGUGUUGAAGUUCGUGAUGUGGAUGUGGAUAACAUGUCAAUUGUAUUGAAAAACAAAAACAGCCAAUUACGUGAGAGUUACCUUUCAGUUGACUCAUGUGAUUUCAGUUCGGAGAAUGGUAGAGAGGUUUUGAAUCACUGGUUGAUGUCUCCUUCGUUGGUUAGUUUGGUGAUGCAGAAAUGCAUUAUGAGUAGCAGUGUUCCAUACUACAAACCAGAGAUGUGUCAGAAUUUAGAAAUGUUGCACCUUAUAAAAUGCAAGGGUAAGGUAGAUGUGAAGGACUUUGGCAAGUAUCCCAUGUUGCAACAGCUAUACUUAGAUGAAGUCGAGAUGGAAGAAACAUUAACUUGCUACUCAGAUUCAUUUCCACGACUCCGGAAUCUUAGUUUAUGUGAAUUUGCACGAUUUAAAGGUAUGGGAAGCAGAAGAAGGAGCAAUGCCAAAACUUACUUUCUUGGAUAUUCAGGAAUGCCCCAAUUUGGAGAAGCUUCCAGAUGGUUUGAGAUCCAUCUCCACUCUUCGAGCCAUGUCUAUCUGGAAUAUGCCAAGAGAAUUCAUGGAGAGAGUAAAUGAAGAAGAUUAUGGGCCAUUUGUCAAGAAGGACAUUGAUAUGGAGGAUAUCUACGAAGAAUAAGCAGUGGUUGAAGCAAAGAUGAUAACAAAAGUUUGAUUCCUAGUGAAGGCUCUCUACACUUGCUUAUUCGCAUUUAUUGCAUCAAUUGAUACUCCAUAAAACUUUCUUGAUUUUGUUUAUGUACUCUCAUAUUAAUAAUAAGGCUCUCCAGCGCACCUCCCGACUCACCACGAGCCACCUACAUCAGCUCCAACACAUCCGCUCUAUUUUGUGUCUUGUUAUCGAGUCGGUUAUUUAUUUCCAUCCGGGUUUUCUUUGUGGUUCUUUCCCGGAUCAGAUUACGAGAGUCGAACCACAUAGGAUUAGGUUUGUAUUUCCAUUAUAAAAGAGUCUUGUUGUUUCCAUGAUUUCAAUUGAGCAAUAACAGCUUAUCUUUUU